CUCCCCGCGGGCGGAGACCGCGCCCAGAAGUCGCCACCCGGGCGGACCCGCCUCGCCGAGCUCCGAGGAGGCUGCCGGGGCGCGGAGUAUGGGGCUCUGAUGACCAUGGACGGCUACAAGGGCUUCCUGGGACUCCUGGUGUUGGCGCUGCUCUUCGGCUUUCUGUCGGUGAUCUUCACGCUCAUCUGGGUCCUGCACUACCGGGAGGGGCUCGGCUGGGACGGGACCGCGCUGCAGUUUAACUGGCACCUGGUCCUCAUGGUGACCGGCUUCGUCUUCAUCCAGGGGCUAGCCAUCAUCGUAUACAGACUACCAUGGACCUGGAAAUGCAGCAAGCUCCUGAUGAAGUCCAUCCACGCGGGGUUAAACGCUGUUGCUGCCAUUCUUUCAAUCAUCUCCCUGGUGGCUGUUUUUGAAAACCGCAGGGCCAGGAACCUCCCCAAUUUGUACAGCCUGCACAGCUGGGUUGGACUGAUAGCUGUCAUACUCUAUGUCUUACAGCUUGUCCUAGGUUUUUGCAUCUUUCUGCUUCCUUGGGCUCCACUUUCUCUCCGAAAAAUUGCCAUGCCCAUACAUGUUUAUUCUGGACUUUUCCUCUUUGGAACAGUGAUUGCAACAGUCCUGAUGGGAGUGACAGAGAAGCUGCUUUUUCUGGAAAAUAAUCUAUACCGUUCAUUCCCACCAGAAGGCAUUUUCGCAAAUACCCUUGGUCUUCUGAUUUUGUUGUUUGGGGCCCUCAUUUUUUGGAUUGUCACCAGACCACAAUGGAAGCGUCCUACAGAACCAGAUUCCUCCAUUCUCCAGUCGAAGGGAGGUGCUGCAGAAGGAAUGGAAGUCACCAUAGCAGUGAGCUUGGGCAGCAACAUGGACAAAUCCGAUUCAGAGUUAAACAAUGAAGUAGCAGCCAGGAAGAGAAACUUUGGCCUUGAUGAGGCUGGCCAGAGGUCUACCAUGUAAACUGUCGUCAUGCCAUAUAACUUCACAUUUAAACGUGUAGCCAUAUAAAUUCACCUUUAAAAACUAAUUGUACAGUUUAGCUUCUCCUACUUAAUCAUGAGACGAUUGAGCUACGUAGUGUCAAUAUUUGUUGUAAUCACCAAGGAGGAUUUCUCAAAGGAGUUUGGAUUGAUUAAAGUCCGUGAACUUACCCAAACUGGAAAGGACAUGAACAAUAUAAAUAAUAAUAGAUAUAAAUUGGGUUUAUGUUGAUCUUUCUUAUUGAGGACCAAAGCAUUAUCACAGUGCCUUGCAUGGAGCAGAUGUUCAAAGUCUGUCUGUCAGUUUGAUAAACUAGCAGUGUCCUGACCUCAUGUCAGUCAUUUCCUAUUAAUUCUGGGAGCCCAGUGAUUUCAGAACUAGGUAGAAUCAGCCCUAAAGUUUUAAAAUCAGAUCACUAAUAUUGGGGACAGGGUUUAGAUCAUUUUCCUACACAAAUAUCACAACAGAAAAAAAAUCUUUAGGAAAACUACUAGUUCCCUUUCUCCAUGGCAGACUUCUGCUUCCUCACCCAGCUGGUUUGGGCUCAGAUUGGCUCUGGAUGCCAGUGUUUAUAUGAGGGUAUUUUGGAGCAGUCUUUGGUUCAUCGAUAGCUGAAGAGAUUUUCCUUGGACAGAUUUUGAAGAUUUUCCAAAACUCAUCUUAGUCUCAAGACUUCCUGAGCUGGUGUACUUUACAAUCCAGAUUCUAAACCUCUUAGAAUGAAAAUAUGCCUGAAUGCUUAAGCAACAUACACGACUCUCUAAAACUCAGAAAAUAACUUUUUCCUUAGUCUCUGAUUUUUAUUUUAAAUUAAAUUACUUACCUGGCACUCCAGCAUCUGGCUAGACACUCUUUUAAGCACUUUAUAAUUAGCUCCCUCCACCUCUAGACAGACUUUCUGAGGUAGGUAUUAGCCCCAUUUUACAUGUGAGAGAUCUCAAACUUGGAGUAAUUGGUAACUCGACCCAGUGUCACACAGCUCAUAAGCAGUGGAACUGACAUUCAAAUGCUGGCAGUCUGGCUCCUCAGUCCAUGCUCCUAACCUUUUCACUCUGCUGCUCUUCUGUUUUGUACUAAUUUGCAUCACUUUGACUUGGCCUUGGAUAUAUCUCAGUCGCUGGAGUCGGGUGGAAUGGAGGUGUGAAGGAUGCUUUUCCCUUUGACUCUUCCCAUAAGAUUUCCCAGGCAGCCCAGGAAAAGGAGUCUCCCACUCCUGGAUAUAGAUCUAGGGACCUCUGCCACAACCACAAGUCAUAGCCUGCCUUGGUGCCCAUUGAAUCUUAACAUUGUGUCUUGAUGACAGAAGGAUUUGGGAAAGCACAUCUGUAGUUUUCAAGAUUAACUAAUUAAUAUUCGUUCUCCAGGAUUUGGAAGGGCAGUAGUGGGGAGACUGAACCUGAGCCUUCUACAUGCUAGACAAAUAUUCUGCCACUGAGCUACAUUCCCAGCUCUUCAGGAUCUUAGCUCCUGAACAACUUUGCAGCUGGAGAGACCUAUCUCACAGGCUCCCCUUCCCUGGGGCUAUAGCCAGGGUGUUUCCUGACUUUUGUAAAAUUUUAAGGGAUAUUUUGAGCCUUGGGUUCUUAGUGGUGAAUUAAGGCUUAGAGAUGGUAACUUUUCCAGGAUGGGAAUCUCUAUGUAGGCUCUAAACUGACUUAAAAUGUAGAGUAGCACCUAUGCUGAAAUGAUGCAUUUGGGGUUUUGGUUGGUUUUCAGCUUUCAUGCAAUUUUAAACUGAAGCAUUGAGAGCGGAUGUGGUGCCUGAGGCAGAAGGAUCAUUUGAGCUCAGAAAUUUGAAGCCAACCUGGGCAACAUAGUAAGACUCCAUCUCUUAAAAACAACAACAAACAGAACACUGCAGCUUUUUAACGUGAAUAAGAACCUUACGGUUUACAUCAAAUAUACUUAACAUUUUUGGUGCUUCAAGGGCUUCCUUUUAGGUAACUGACUAUAUUUCCAAAGGCCGAAUACAAAUUACACUCUAGCAUAUCCCUUAAACUUCAUGAAUAACCAUUCAGGAUUCCCUUAUUGCGACACGGUUUGUUUGUUUUUCUUAUUUAAUUAUAUUUCCAAAAUUGUUAAUAGGGUCAGAAGGAUGGCAGUACCCAGCCCAAGACCAGUUGUAUAGUAGCACAAUUACAUUCAGUAUGAAUGCUAAGCAGUUGGUAAGUAGUUGCCUGGUCACCCACAAAUAUAGUUUGAUAAAUGGAUGUUUCAUUACACAGAAGUAUGCAAACUUCCAUGACUUCUUUGGGGCAAGAAGGGGAUAGUGACUGAGUCUCAAGAGUUGAGGCACCAUUCCUUUUUAUGUAGGCCAAGAAAGAGGUUAUCAGUGUAAAGCUAAUUACUCGGCACUAGAAUAGAUCCAUUGCAAAGUUUUUGAGCGCCCCUCACCUCAGCCCUUUAUUUUCUCUCAAGCAGGCUAAUGUGAGGGUAAUCUUACAGAUAUUGUAGGAACUUCUUUCUUUUUCAGCCCUUAUGAAAAGGAUGCAUAGUAAAAUAUAUCUAGAAAAACCUUCUAUUUGAGACUUUCCUUUUAAUGGGUUUUCUUUUCUAAUGAUAAUUGCACCUUUAUCUCUCAAAAGCUAAUAUUUCCUACCUAAAACAUCUCCCCCAAAAAUAUCGCAUUAAAAAGCCCACAAAGAAUAGGGGAGAAGAAAGGCUUAGGUAUCAAUUCCAAAAUAAUGAUUGAAUCCUCUAAAAUAAUUACAGCUUAUAUCAUCUGAAGAGAUAAUCUGGCUUGGCUUACCCCAUAAUCUAAUUUCAGAAAAGAAAGCUUUAUUUUAACACUCAUGUAAGUCAACAUGAAAGGCUUUUCUCUUGACGGGUUUAUUGAGAAACUCAAAUGAAUAUACUUUAUUGAAUUAAUGUCAUCAAAAGUAUACAGUUUCCUGUGCUUGUGUCAAACUGAACCCACCUUCCAGAGCACUUUCUUUACUUGUAUGGUUUCAUUUAAGCUGAGCUAUUUAGAAAUAGCAUCUCAGACCUCACAAUGAAAUGACAAAGAAGGCAAUUGCACUUUUUAAGGAAUACUGACAAGUGGUUUCUGUUUUGUGAAGAACGAAAUAAAUUGUAUGUCUUGUCUUUAAUUAGGCUCUUCUCCCUGCUGAGUUGAAAAAUCUGUACAAUACUCAUUGACCACAACUGCCAAAUUUAAAGCACAAAGGAAGAACUAAAACCUUAGGCCACUUUUGUUGCAAUAUGAUGGAAUUUUAUCUUGAUAUAUUCUUUUUAGAUAACUCCAGCAGAAAACUGUAACUUCUAUGUCAUAGCUACGCAUAGGAAAGUAUAGAAGAAAGUUAUUCUUUAUCUCCUACAAGGUACCUGAGAGGUUUAGUGGAAAAAAAAUAUUUCUCUUUUAAAUUUGUCUUUUUAUCUUAGCAGAUUUAUGGGAAAAUAUUAAAUAUCUUGAAUAUUUUGUAGGAAAGAUACUCAUUUAUUUUUUCUUUUUAUAUAGCAAUAAAAAGGUAUGUUAGAAGCUU